AAUAUACUAAAGUUCAAACAGUAACCUCACUUUCCACUAUAUUUUAAAACCAAUAUUUAUAUUAAGGAAUUAGUUGAUUAACUUGGUCGUGAAGUGAUAAUUUACAAUGAACUUUCUAAAACAAUUCAUUUCUAAAGUGCCAGUACGUCCAACACUUGUUUCAAUGGCGAAAACUGUUGUUGAAAAGAAAAGUCUAACAGAUAUUUCCACACUGCUUUCGACUCAAUUUUCCGCUCUUCAAAUUCAAGAAAGAUACGCAUCUUCUUUAUACCAAAUGCACAGGAAAGGACCUCACAAAAAAGAGAGGAAAUCUCGUAAUCCCUUUGAUGGGAAUCCCUUUAUGAAAGGCGUAGUUUUAAAAACUUUGAUAAGAAAGCCAAAGAAACCAAAUUCCGCCAACAGAAAAUGUGUACUGGUUAGGUUAUCAAAUGGUAAAGAAAUGAUAGCUUAUAUACCAGGAAUUGGACACAAUUUACAGGAACACAACAUAGUACUUUGCAGAGUAGGAAGACUACAGGAUUGUCCCGGUGUGAAAAUCAAAUGUGUCCGAGGAAAAUAUGAUUUAUCUCACGUCGUUAUUAAUAGAAAAUAAGUUUUGUUGAAGCCAAUAGUGUAAAUAUAUUUUAAUGUGUUA